CUCAUCUAUUUGCUUUUGCUCGUGACCCUCUAUCCAUCGUGAUCUCUCAGAGAGAGAUCCAAGUGGAUAUAAGGUGUUCUUAUCGCUAGAGAGCAGCUAAGUCUCAUCAAAGGACUACCUUAUAUCUAUUUCUGCCCCGCCGCAAAUGGCUUGGUCCCUUUGUUCCUUAUAUUUUAUAUAUUCUUUCUUGUGGCCUGGGAGGUUCUAACUAGUUGCGGACCUGAUUCAUGGUCUUUGUCAUAUGACACAUAUAUAAAUUCGGUUGCCAUCAACCCCCAAAACUAGAAGAAUUCUCAACGACUCAUCGAUUUUGUCUCGUAUCGAAGUCCAGCUUCUACAAACCAAUUUUACCGCUCACGCUUUUCCUCCUGAAGCUGUCUUAUAUCUUACCUACUGACCGCCUGCUUAUUACGAUGUCUUCUUCGGUUGUUCUGGAAUAUACUCCUGACGAUAUCAUUUAUGGUUAUGAAUCGGGAGAUGCAAUUAAGGAGCAAUCGGAAAAGCUCCUGAAGUUGAUUCGAGAUAGGAUCAAGCUUGGCACGCGCCGCGACCCCAUAAUAUUUAUCGGUCAUGGCUUAGGCGGGACAAUCAUUAAGCAAUCCAUGAUCAUGGCUGUAAAUGACAGAGUAAAAUAUGAAGAUAUCAGUUUCUCGGCAACUUCCUUCUCGUCUAAGAUCUUUCUUCAUUGCCCCCAUCAAAUAGCUACACCGUGGGAGGCUUUCGAUUGUGCCGUAAAGUGGUUUGCCCCAGUUGUGGACUCAAAGUCGCCCUUUCCUAUACAACCUAUUGAACUAUUGACAGCCACGGUAGUAGAGACAAAUGAACUGUUUCUAGAGACAGGAAUAACACAAAUCUCAAAAGUGGCACCGAUAUUUUCUACUGAAGGGAAUCCCAGUGUCCAGGCUACCUAUUCCCUUGGAAUCCUUCAUGAAGCACUUUUCCCAAUAAAAGUGUGCGAUAGCGACGAAAAACUUGAAGACAUAAUACGCAGCCUUUUCGGGGCGGCGAGAGUAUCCUACGCCAGCUUGAUAAAGGAUUGGUGGCUACCAGCUGUAAACACUUUCAUCCACCCCAUUCAGAAGGCCAACUAUUCACCAUGGAAAGAAGCAGAAACUACUAGUUGGCUGGAGAAAAAUGAUGAAUAUGUUAGAUUGCGAGAUCGCAGAGGAGCUUAUGCAUUCUCGGUCUUUGGUCAGAACACCCAAAGUGCUGCACACACUCUCCAACGAUCUGUUGCCAAUCUGGAUGGGAAACCGGAAGCUAAGAAUUGCCUCGUCCUUCAAUUUACUUUCGAACAGCAUGAUGCUCGGCGAAAUACUGCCCUGUCGAUGGCGACGUCAUUGGUAUGCCAAAUACUGGUUGCUGCCAAAGCCGCAGAUCUAGAUACGAAAGUCUUUGAUCACUGGCACGUACGCCGGUCAUGGUCUCUCUUUGAUGCAUUAUCAAUUCUCACUUCACUGAGCCGCAAGUUGGAUAUACUUUGCCUGCUCCAUAAUGCGGACCAGUGCGAAUCGAGUUCGCUGGACACUUUUAUCCAACACUUUAAGCGUAUCAUUAUGCAGACUGAAAGACAGUUCAAACUAUGCUUGAUGACAAGUGUCAAAUUGGACAAGUACAGAUUUUUAUCGCUUGAUAGCAAUGAAUUGGGCGAUUCUGGUUCUGCGCAAUUCCCGGAGGAAAUGAAAGAAAACACGAAUGUGCGGUGCGCACGUCAAUCUUCGAAUAUAUUUCCCAACAGUGCCAUCGCUAAAGAUGCACCACAUAUCGACAGUGAAGCAAUUCAUAAUAUCUUCAUUGGUGUUACUGAUACGAGCUUGAGAGAUGCACUUGUCUUACAGGCGACGAAAGCCAAUUCUUCAUUCCUCAUUCAGAACCUCCUUUCUCUUAAGAAGCCAAUCACUCAACAGUCUCUUUUCUCGCAACUUCUCAGCCACAUUAGUCAAUCCGAGCAAAGUCUCGUCAAAACAACAUUGUCUUGGAUCCUCUUUGCGUUGCGACCACUCAGCAUACAGGAAUUAGCUACUGUAAUCUCCUGGGCGAAGGACCGUCAGUUUCUUGGCAACUCUGCUCAUGACAGAAAAUUCUGUUUCCAGCUUGUUUCUCCCAUUUUAACUUUGUUACCUGGAAUAUUGGAGAUUGACAACAACGAAGUCAAGAUUGUCCAUCCAGCUAUUCGGGAUUUCUUCUUUGAGCAAAGGAACGAGUGGUUCAGUGCUGACAUCAAAGACCACCGCAACAUUGUACUGCUCUGUUUGGAAAUUCUACAAUUGGAAGACUUCCAGUCAUGGCAAACACAGUAUAUUCCGUAUGAACAACAAGAUGGUGAAGUGAAGGCUCUUCCCCGGUCAAUCCACGAGGAUCGAUCGACUCUACACUGGUACAUCACACUGAACUGGCCAGAACAUUUCAGGCUUCUUUCCCAGUCUCACCGUCCCAUCAAAGAAGUUAAGCAGUUCUUCGCUCCGACAAACAAAAUGAUAUGGGCAGGCUGGGCAAAGUCAAAAUGGAUUCUUUCCAAUCAUUUCUCGAGGGGUUGUAAUCCUGACCAAUUCAAAAGUCCAUUGCCUCUACUUGCUGAAUUGGCAGAUACGCAAUUGUUCGUUGAUGGGGUCAAGGAAUUGGGAGAACUUGCAGAACUGUCAAACGAUUUCUCAGCUGCAAUUGCACAGGCUGCAUCUAUGAACAGUAUUGAGAUUGUUGAUUAUAUCCUUGGCGAAAAGGAUAAUGCCCGACUCAGCCUCGAACAGGCAUUCAGUACGACAUCAAUCACUUAUGAAGUCGAGAUGCUCAUUCACCUCAUCCAAGCUGCACCAGAUAACUACGCCUGGCCAAGUUCUUUAAUGGUGCGCGCAGCAGAAUUGGGUCAAGAAGGAGUCGUAAAAGCUCUGCUUGACCGGGGUUGUUCGCCCAAUAUUCGCCUUCCGCAUCGCAAUAUGAAGCCUUUGCUUUGCGCUGCUAAUAAUGGGCAUGCCGCUAUCUGUGGACUACUUCUUGCACACGGAGCAGAACUUUCUGUUUCUCCGGGGGAUAACGCCGUUAUAGAUUUGGCAAUCGCCUCACCAGAUGGCGGUGAAGUGGUCAAGCUCCUCAGACGACAUGGGGUUAAUGUUACAGCUGCACUGCUCACUUCAUGCGAAUUGGGGCAUUUUAAAAUUUUGGAGGCGUUUGAAGAUGAGAUAAAACAGGAGAAACCUCCAAGAUUUCUCCCGAACAUGUAUAUCACGAAAUCAAUCGCUCUCGACUUUGGCUUCACCGUUGCGGCGAUUGUUGAUAUCCUUCGUUUGGACGGCCAAGAUUUGGACGUCUUAAUGCGCAAUGCGAUUGACGGAGGCAGACAACAGGUUGUUCGCCAACUAUUAGCAACGGGAGUCGAAGCAGGGGACGCGAUGUCGAUAGUGUGGAAGGAUGAGUCCAUCAUUGAUUACUUGCUCUCUAGAGGGGCUGAUCCUACCAAACUCAGAGGCAAUGAUUCGACAUAUGGUGUGGAGUUAAACGCUGAUGUCAACGACGUAGGCGGCUGGAAUUUAGGAACGGUUCUCAAUGCUGCCUGCCUUCGAGACCAUCCGACUGUCUUCGAUAUGCUUGUCAAUAGAUACAACGCGAAUCCACAUCUAAGUGACAUUUUCGGUCGCUUACCAAUACAUCUUGCUGCGACCAGGGAGAUUUACAGAUUUCGGUAUCUGUUAGAUCAUGGAUGCGGCGUUGAAGCUGUGGAUAGAAUGGGCCGCACUGUCUUGCAAUGGGCUUCGCAAGGCGACGACGUUGAAGUUUUGAAACUUGUUCUAUCGCAGCCUGGAGUCGAUGUUAACCAAACUGACAAAGAUGGCUGGACGGCACUUUGUUGGGCAGCUCGGACUGGAAGAACCGCUAAUGUCAAGGCUCUCCUUGAAAGCGGUGCUCAAGAGGUGGGAAAAGCUCGAGACGAUUGUAGGCUCGAGGCAUAG